CCUUUUUUUUUUUAAUAAUUACGAAAAUGAUGUUUUCAUAGAAGUAGUUUUUAAUGACAACAUAACAAUGACUGCUAAAGGUAAAAAACUUUCUUUGAAACAAAAGGAAAAAACUAAUGAACCAAUCGAGAAACAGGUGAUUCAUGAAAAUGCAUAUAUUUUUCCUAAUGGAGAUAGAUAUGAAGGCCAAUACGCGUAUGGCCCAGAUGGAAAUGUACAGAGAUGUGGCUUUGGAAAACAUAUUUCAGCUGAUGGUACAGUUUAUGAGGGCAUGUGGAAAGAUGAUGCAAUGAAUGGUACCGGACUACUUACACAUUCUUCAGGAGAUGUCUAUGAAGGAGAGUUUGUCAAUAAUCAAUUCCAUGGAGAAGGGACAUAUACAUGGGCAAAUGAGUCCUAUGUUAAAGGAAAUUUUGUGAGAAAUAAAAUGGAAGGCAAAGGAGAAUUUUGUGAUACGAUGAAGCAAAUAUGGGAUGGAGAUUUUCACAAACAAACAGCUACAGGUUUACAGUUCAGACUAAACACGAAUUAGGAAAGUCCAAGCAAAUAAAUGCUAGAAACGUAAACAUUGAGAAACAAUUAUUUAAUAAUUCUAUGCUUACAUUUUAAUUGUUAGUUAAGCUAUGAAAUUUAUUGAGCAUUUGAAAUUUGUUGAACAUGUUUUAGCAUUUAUGAAACGUUUUCUAGUGCAUUUUCUGAUUU